UUCGUAAGGUAAAUGGAGAGUGUCAUUGAAAAUACAAGGCAUGAAACCAUGAGCUACUAGGGAGAGAGAGAGAGAGGGAGGGAGAAAGAAAGAGAGAGCGGCAUUGACCUGCUUGUCCUCUUCGACUUCCAUCCCCGAUUUUUGUGGGACGUUUCCUUUCUGGUCUGGUGAUUUUUGUUGUUCGGUUAGCCUCUAUGGCUGGAGACUCGAGUGAUGUUGGUGAUAGUUCUGGUGAUACCAAAAUCAAGGGGCUUCCCACUCAUGGGGGGCGUUACGUUCGGUACAACGUCUACGGUAACCUCUUCGAAGUGCCAAGAAAGUACGUCCCUCCUCUGCGGCCCAUCGGCAGGGGAGCCUACGGCAUCGUCUGUGCUGCUGUUGAUUCAGAGAAGAAGCAGGAGGUUGCUAUUAAAAAGAUUGGCAAUGCAUUUGACAACAGAGUUGAUGCUAAAAGGACCCUUCGAGAAAUAAAGCUCCUCUGUCAUAUGGCUCAUGAAAAUGUGAUAGCCAUAAAAGACAUUGUACGUCCACCACAAAAGGAAAAUUUUAAUGAUGUAUAUAUCGUAUAUGAGUUGAUGGACACUGAUCUUCAUCAGGUUAUUCGUUCAGACCAACCUUUAACUGAUGAUCACUGCCAGUAUUUUAUAUAUCAACUACUACGAGGAUUGAAGUAUGUACAUUCAGCAAAUGUCCUUCACCGAGAUUUAAAACCUAGCAAUUUGCUUCUCAAUUCGAAUUGUGACUUGAAAAUUGGAGAUUUUGGGCUGGCACGAACUACAUCUGAAGCCGAUUUCAUGACAGAAUAUGUUGUUACACGUUGGUAUAGAGCACCUGAACUGCUGCUUAACUGUUCAGAGUACACUGCUGCAAUUGAUAUCUGGUCUGUGGGUUGCAUACUUGGUGAAAUUAUUACUAGGAAACCUCUUUUUCCGGGCAAAGACUAUGUUCAGCAGCUCAGACUUAUCACUGAGCUGAUAGGAUCACCUGAUGACUUAAGCCUUGGGUUUCUACGUAACGACAAUGCCCGAAGGUACAUUAGCCAGCUUCCACAGUAUCCAAAGCAAAAGUUCUCCGAGAAAUUCCCAAAUAUGACUGCUGGAGCUGUUGACUUGCUUGAAAAGAUGCUUGUGUUUGAUCCAAGCAAGCGAAUUACGGUUGAAGAGGCAUUAUGCCAUCCUUACAUAUCAAAGCUUCAUGAUAUCAAUGAUGAACCUACUUGUCCUGAACCUUUCAACUUCGAUUUUGAGCAGCCAUCCUUCACUGAGGAAGAAAUAAAGGAACUAAUUUGGAGGGAGUCUCUCCAGUUCAAUCCGGAUCCAGUUGAGUAGGUGAUGAUGCUUGUAGGCUAUAACAGCACUGAGAUUGUAUCUACUGUACUUUCCACCUUAUUCUUUACAAAUACAAAGCCCAGCGGCUACUUGGCUAACUCAUACAAGCCAGAGGAUCUCCACAGCUUGCUAUUUCUAUAAAAAGGUUCGGACAAGAGUAGGUAUGUCUUCCUUGGUUACUGGAGACGAGACCUGAAAAAUGGGAGACUAUUCGCCGGAGGCAUUACAGAUAUAUUAUGCUUAGGCAACUGAAGCACAGGAUCUGCUUUUCUAUCUCUCUCUCUCUCUCUCUUUUCUGUCUGUCUUUUUUGUCUUUUCUUUUUCUUAUUUGGGUGGUGGCAUGGAGAGAAGCACUGCUAGUGCAUCUCAUUGUUAAAGUUGUAACGGACUGCAUUUGAUCGUUUAUGAAACUGUGACUUCUAUUGUGAUGUUCUUAA